UCACAGACAACAACGGCCAAGUCUUGAAUAUCGCAGCGCUUUUACAAGUUUUGAAUAUCACUGUGCUUUUGCACGUUUUGUUUGUACUUCUUCGGUGGUCACAUUUAAUUCGUUCUGAUGGCCGAAAACAUUAGAUGUCAAUUCGCCGCAAACGGCCACAAAUACCAACAGUCGCUGCUUCGAAUUAUACAAAAGUAUUCCAACCUGCCCGAUCCCGACGCGGCGAUAGAAGUGGACCUCAAUAACACCAGUACAGAAAGCCUGCUGCACUACAUGAAGGUGUCUAAAAAGAUGAUAAAGGCGAAGGAGCUGGACCAAUCGCAGCAAGAUGGCGGAGGCGAUUCUUGCCAGAUGUUAGUGGAUGGUGACAAUGAUGAUGGUGUGUCCAACCUGCAUUCCUGGGAGAGCUCUCUGAACAGAAGUCAGUGGAGCAUCCCUGAAUUUGAUUUCCUCCCUGAGGACCAAGCCAAGGAGUUGGAGUUGAACCUGAGAAGUCAGGGUAGCAAUUUGUCAGAGCUCUUCCCCAGCAUGAUCGGUCGAAUCCGUCGAGCACGGCACCGGUGGCGCAUAUCCGACAUAGGGAACCGUGUACUCAUGAAGUACCGCAAGUGGCGUCAGCAGUCCGGCAGAAGCAAACGCAUUAAAACUCUGGGCACGAGCCACAGACGAUCCACGAGCAAGAAAACCACAAAGAAUCCAGCAACCACUUGUUCCAUGCUACAGUGCUCCUCUUUGAGGGACAAAACUCUUCUGGGCAUGGAUCUGUCUUUCAUCCGACAAUCUCCUGAAUCCAAAAGGAUCAAAGUAGAUGAGACCUUCAUCGUGGCAAAAGAGCCACCCUUUGCCCUCAGUCCUUCCAGUGCCUCCUCUGGGACCUUGGACCAGCCCUCAAACCCCAGAAGGUUGUUUGUCUCUGCUACCAGAGAUCAGCCAUCUGCGUGCGUUUUCAGUCCUUCACGAUCUUCUAAUUUUUCCUCCGAGGCUUCCUUAAGCAGGUUGCAAAGAUCCAGAAGGCUUAUGGGAGAGCAGCCAUUCUCGUGCUUCCCCAGCUCUUCUGGUACCUCUUCAGGAGUGUCUUUGGACUGUCCCCUAAGCUCCAGAAGGCUAUUUUCCUCAGUUGACAGAGAUCAGCGAGCUUUGGGCAUGCCUAGUCCUUCACGGUCUUCUGAUUCCACUGCAAACCAGUCCCCGAGGGUCAAAAGGCUUUGUAGCGCUCCUGCCGGUGAGCAGCCAUCUUUGCGCGGCUUCAGUCCUUUGAAGUCUCCCGGUCAGCCAUCGUCGUGGGUUCUCAGUCCUCAGCGCUCUUCUGGCCCCACCUUGGAUCAGUUCCUGAGGUCCCAAAGGCUUUGGAGUACUGGUGCCAGAGAGCAGCCAUCUUCGUGGGUUCUAAGUCCUUUGCGGCCUUCUACUCCUUCCUCAGACCGGUCUCUGAGAUCCACAAAAUUUGCCCGUGCAGCUGCACGAGAACAGCAGCAGCAAUCCCCGCGGGUCCUCAGUCCGUCACGGUGUUGUGGUCGUCCCAAAGGGCUUGCUGUCUCUGCUGCCGAUGAGCAGUUCUUUGCAAGUUCUUUGCAAUCAUCUGGGUCUUUCUCUGAUUUGUCUCAGAGCUCCAAGAGUCUUUUCUCCCCUGAAAACAGCAAAUUUUUAGCGCAAACUGAUAUUUGUGGUUUUCCGGAUCGGCCCAGUCUUGGAAAGGUGGGCAUGGUGAACUGGGAAGACCACACAAGAUCUCAGCAGGCCUUCUCCCGAAGCCCCAACCCUGCUCAAGUGCAACGCUACUCCAGGUCCCCGGCUUCCACACGCCAAAGGCCACUUACGCCCCAGCCAAAGUCCUGCCUGGGGUCCCCCCCACAGGCCCGCAAGAGUUUCUGUCAGCACCUGUCCGUUGACUCCUCCUUGACAUCGGGCUUCUUCCCGUACUCCAAAAAGGACCUGGACGAGGAUUUCUAUAAGCACUUCCACAAGUUUGUGUGUCAGAGCAAACUCUGUCCAAGUGCUGAGGCCCGCCGGCCUCAUUUCUCCCAAACGCUGGGGGCACUGGCUUUGUCACCGCACUGCUUCAAGCUGAGGAAGCAUCACCGGGAGUUGGACUGGGGCAACUUGUCCUGCAGCCUUUUCUCUCCAGGGUCGAAGUGGCACAGAAAUGAGAAGAUGAGACGCCGCCUCCGUCUGCCCGACUGUGAGGCUGCCGAAUGUGGUGUCUUGGAGCACGACAUGUUUCGAGGAUCCCAGUCAGGUGAACGGCUUGGAAUCCCUACAAGGAAGUCCAAAAGAGGUCCCGAGUCAUUAAGGCAACUGAACUGUGUUUAAGGAUUGGUAUGUUGAUAUUAUGGAGGUGUCCAGUUCGGCCUUUGAUAAACACGUAAUACUUUUUUGUGCUAUUUCCACAACUGAUCCCCCCAUCUCCCUCAGCUGAAGAGAAAAUGAUGACUGCCUCCUGUCAGAACAAAAGAUGUUCAGUGUCGAAAAUGUUGCUCGCCUCAGCUGGACCAUUCUCAAAGUGUUUUAGUUAACGCGGCUUCAAUUUGCCUGUUGCAAGAAAUUAUUGUGUGUGAUGUUGAAGUGUAUUUUACCAUUGGUGUGUGCUUGUUUAUUUACCGAUGAUGUGUGCAUGUUUUCUGUGUUCUUGAAGUGUAUUUUACCAUUGGUGUGUGCUUGUUUAUUUACUGAUGGUGUGUGCAUGUUUUCUGUGUUCUUGAAGUGUAUUUUACAGAUGGUGUGUGCGUGUUUUAUUGUUAAUAAGUUAGUUAAAAUAAAACAAG